AUGGAGGAGUAUCAUCAUCUUUUGGGCAUUCCAGUUUCUGAUAGAAUUCCUUUUAGUGGGGUUGAAGGAAUUCUUAAAUCUCGAGUUAUUGCCGAAGCCAUUCAUCUGAGGAAGUCUUACAUAGAGGCCAAUCUCACUGUCAAAGGAGGUGUCAAAGGGUUGACUUCAAAGUUCCUAAUUGAGAAAGCCUUUUCUUUUUCUAAUGCUGGUAGCAUGGUGGCCUUUGAGACUAUUCUUGCCUUACUCAUCUACGGUUUUGUCUUGACUUCUAAAGAAGGUGGAACUAUAGUCUGUUGUACGCCUUUACUGUACAAGUGGUUUAUUUCACACUUAGCACAUUCUCAUAUCUUCAUAGAAAAUAAGGGUUGUUUAAGGUGGUCUCAAAGACUUAUGUCUCUCACAAACGAUGAUAUAACUUUCUAUUCUUCUGUUUACGAAAAUGUUGAGAUUCUUGAUAGUUGUGGGGAGUUCUCUAAUGUGCCUCUUCUUGAUACACAAGGGGGAAUCAAUUAUAAUCCGACUAUAGAAAGACGUCAAGUUGGGUUCCCCACGAAGGACAAACCUAAUAAGACUUUGUUAGAAGGGAUAUUUUUCCAGGAAGAGAAAGACACUCAAGGGUUGAAAGCUAGGAUGAUAUAUGCUUGGCACAAUAUUCAUAGGAAAGUAAAAGGUGAGCUUGGAUUGAAUAAUUGUAUAGAUUUGGAGCCUUACACUAGUUGGGUAAAGAAGAGAGCAAGGGAAUUCAAGAUGCCGUACGCUUAUGAAAGACAUAUACCCUUAGUAAUGGUCAAAUUGCCCAUUAUUAAAGGCAUAUAG